UGAGCCCGCAUUGGUCUUUUCAGCGGAACUUAUUCCUUAUUUAAUGCUCUAAUCUUUGCAUAUGUGGUUCUGCAAACACUUUUCUCUGAAAUGCAAUAAAUAUACUUCAUAUGCACAAAAAAUAACAAAUUUACUCUUUUUUUGAUUUUCUCCUUCAUCUACUGUGUUUUAUCCUUUUUUUCUGCUUAAAAGGUUGCUGAUCUGAUUUCUCUCUCAGAUCUGAUUUCAGUUUCAUCUGCAUAAUAUGCCCUUUUAAAUGGUAUCAUUAUUCAAGUAAAAAAAAAUACUCUUAAUCCUGGUUGGUAGUAACUUACGUCGUGUUUCCCAGCGUAGCAAGACUGGAUGACGUUGAUUAUUAUCAGCUUCAGCCCGUUAUGUUGGACCGAUUAAGUUCAGAAUUACAAUCCGAGAACAAGUCUUCAAAGUACAAAAAACACUACGUUUGCAGAUCAAUUUGACAGUACAACAAAAACGAAAAUCCCUUAAAUCUACUCAGCUUAAACUAUUAAGAGCAUUUUUCAAGAGUCGCUAGAGUUCAUUUUUGAGCUGAAUGGAUUUAAAUUUGUUGUGAUUUUGCAAAUACCUUUACAAAAUUGACCGUCAUCAAUAAAAAUCAUCAUCGUUAUGUAUUUAAUUUGUUUUAACUUUUCCUUAGUUGUUGUAUUCUGUCUAAUUAUCUUUCACCAGACUUUUACUCAAGAUGUUUCUUUCAACUGGUCGGCGAACGCGGCUGUUCCUAGUCUGAGAGACUACUUCUUCAACCCUCCUGAGUCAUAUGAGCCCCACCCGGCUAUAGGUGGAAUCCAGUGCUAUCGGCGCAAGUGUCGUCCUGAUGCCUCCAACGGGGGCACGUGUCCGGGAGUCUAUGAUGACAGGGUGCGGGGAAACUUCUGUGUCGUUAAGAACGAGUUCGGAUACCUCAUGUUUGACGGGGUAUUUUCAGUAUUCGACUUGACCAGUGCGUGCUACGAUAAGGUAAAAGCGUGUCACGUGAGUUACUGCAACUCGAAUGAGUUCUACCGAGACAAGACAGGCUGGUGCAGAUGCGAAGAUCGUCAGUGUAUCCUGAAGAUGCUCCUGCAGCCCCCCAACAUCGAGAAGGAGGGGUCCAAAUUCUACUACAAAACCCCUCAAGGUCAACUGAAACGGGGUCAACACGACUGCAAGGACACUUGCCACAAUCAGAGGCAUUCCAGUUUGAUCUUAUGAAGACCUUGUGAUGAACUUUCAAAACUGUUUUUUCUUGUCUUUUUUCUAUCACUUUUGUCGCGCGUAAUAGUUCAAUUCAAACUCUG